ACGCAAGCGUGGCCCGAAGUCAAAAGUUUAGAUUUUGCGUUGUCAGCAAAAAAAAAAAAAAAAAGGCACGAACGUUUAUGAACGCUCAUUGGGACAUUUUUUGACGUUCGAGAUGCUUUUUAAAUAUCGGGAAGGUUUAAUUCUGACGGUUUUGUUUGGGUUGUGCGCUUGCCAUGACGCAGAAGCGGAAGGAGAAGAGAAAUUCCGCAUUGAGGGCGGCGCGCUCGUGCACGGCGUGAGGACAGAGCAGUGGACUCCGCUAGCGCACGUGCAGCUGGAUGGACAGGAGCAUGUCGGCUUCGUCAGACUUGAUGGAAGUUUCACAGUAAAUGAUGUGCCGUCUGGAUCAUAUGUGGUCCAUAUUGUGUCCCCAGUCUACAGAUUCGAGCCUGUCAGAGUUGACAUUACCUCAACAGGCAAAAUGCGUGCCAGAAGAGUCAAUUAUAUCAAGACAUCCGAGGUAUUGCAAUUGCCUUACCCUGUUCAGAUGACAUGUACAGGACAUCAUUCAUACUUCACAAAACGAGACACAUGGGGUUGGUCUGAUUUCUUCAUGAACCCUAUGGUUCUCAUGAUGGUUCCUCCUGUUUUGAUCAUCCUUCUUCUCCCAAAGCUUAUCAACAUGAAUGACCCAGGGAUGAGAAGGGAAAUGGAACAGUCAAUGAAUAUGCUCAAUCCCAGCCCUGAGAUUCCAGAUGUAUCUGAGCUCAUGACCAAGUUCUUUGCCCCACCUAAAUGCCAAAGCAAAUCAACUCACAGGGGACACAGGGGUAGUGGUCCACGCAGGAGAUAACGUAUGUGAGCAAGAAGACAUGUUACUCAUGCUUUUGUUUAUUCUGAUUUCCCCAUUUCAGUCUUUUGCUAAAUUACUAUCACAAAUUGUGAACCAUGAGUUUGCAAAUAUGUUUGAUGCUGUUACCACCGACGGGGUUUUAGUUCUGUAAGUUUUUAUUUCUUUGCUUUUUGAAUACCUUUGCUUAUUACAUUUCUGUUCUUAUUGUGCCAGAAUUUAUUGAGUGUUUUUAUUUAUUGAUUUGGAGAAAACAAGUAAAUGUAUAUUAAGAGCAAAGAUAUAUAUAUAUAUAUAUAUAUAUAUAUAUAUAUAUAUAUAUAUAAAUGUUAUACAUUUUAUGAAUGAUACUAUUUUAUUAGCAUAAAGUGAAAGCAACAUGUUGAGCUACUAGUUUAUUUAAUGCAUUGUGUGGAUUUUGUCUGCAUGCUAUUAAAUUACUUUAGAACCUCUGAUUAGAAAAUGUGGGUCUCUAAAAAGCAACAGCCUUGGCUGACUACGAAGGAAGUUGAAUGCUUGUAGGCUAAAUAUAUCACUAGUGAGAGUAAGAGGGGCUGUAAGGGACAAGCGGUAAGAGAAGCUGAGACUGAUGUUGGUUAUCGGGUAUUGCUUCUUUUGUGGAUGGGGACAUUUGAGUGUUUGUAACCUUUAGUUACAGUGUAAACACCUAUCAUGUUGAUCAAUUUGUUGUGACAUCUAUUUCAUAGACUGUGAAAUAUUUUUGGCUGUUAUGACUGUACUGUAUGAAGAUUUAUACUACCCAUACUAAUACAUACUACUAGUACAUAAUACAUACUAAUAUAUCUUUAACUUAUAAAACUUAUAAAAUAAAGAAACAUUUGAACCAGCA